AUGGCUAGUGUGAAUCUAGAACGUGGAGAAGGUGAGCGCAAGCGCAAAGAGCUGCAAGUGUCUAGAAGGAGAGGGCAUAAGUGGGACACGGAUGUACCUCGGCGAGGUUUCGUCUGUCCCUGUCAAAACAUAACCAGGGCCCUGUCCAUGGCGUGUCGUGGUGGGUAUGGUGGUCACUGUGACCCAGUCAUCGGUACUCGGCUGUUGGAUCCGCUUCCGCAAAAGCAUAGUCGCACCUUUACCGAUACGAGAUCUCGCAUCGCCAGAAGAGAUCGAGUGACAGCUACUCGAAUUAUGGACACGCGGCAGGCGGACAUGGAGAAGUCGACGAGAGGCGCAUUUUCAAUAUCAAGGCGGAGCCGAGCCAGUGCAGCAGGUAAGAACGUUGGGAGAGUCAGAGUGGCAAAGGGUUACGGUAGCGGUAACGGUGUCCACAUGGGCCUGUUGUUAAGGCCGGCAGUUGCUUGUCGUCGAGAUGAGUUUUUGCUUUGUGUGAGCCGUGCAGUGCAGUGCAAAGUAGGCGUCGGUCAAGCUAGGGUCGGCUCGUCGUGUAGCGGCGGGUUGCAGUAGAUCAGCUCGCGGACAAGGUCGGUCGAGG